CGAGGAAUGAGGGCCAGUGGGCUAGUAGUAUUCGCGAUAACGUCGCCUCAGUAGAUCGUCGGCCGUUGCGCGACUCCUCUCGCCAACCCUCGCGAAAUUCCGCGCGAACCUACCCCAAGCUGCGGCUGUCCUUACGCUUCGCAGAGAACGCGGAGCACCGUGAACCGGAAGUUCGAGCCGGAGCAAUCGCGAGACACGUGUUUCGCGCGCGGCACCUCGCGAAGCCGAGGAUCGUUCGAUGGAAUUGUGGCGAGUGAGUGGUCGUUCGAAGUUCCUUCUGUAAUUCGUUCAGAUUCGUGUUGAAAUUCGCGUGUUGCGUGCACGUGUGUCUGUCUAUCUGUCUGUCUGUUUGCCUGUCUGUGCGUUGCGUUCUUGAUUCCGUCGUGAAAGUGUUUAAUUGAAAUUCGAAAACACUUGCCAAGUUACGAAGUUGCGAAGAAAUAGCCGCGCGCGCGCGCCUGUGUCUUCGUGUGUUUGUGCGCGGUGCUGUGAAAUCGAAGAAAAAUUGCUUCGGUGGCUGUCGUUAAUGUCCGCCUGUUAAUCGAUCGCAGAUCUAAGAAGAGAAAUCAGCACGUGCACGAUCCGAUGGAUUAGCCAAAGAAGACGGAGAAGCAGGAAGACGCGGUCGUAGAUGCCAGCGGUGUCGUGCAGCAAGUAGACGCAAGAAAUUCCUAGAUCGGCCGUUUUCAGCGAUGACCGGCUCGUCGACGCCAACGACCGGUCGCGCGGAUCCUUACGAGGCCGUGGUCGAUACCUGCUACGAGAACCUUCUGCUGAUCGCCAACGGCAGCGGCGUGCUCUGCGAAAGUUCCCGAUUCGCCGCGCCUGGAGCACUCAACGACACCGAUUUCGACGGUGAACCGGUGAAUGGAACAGGUCUGGACGUCGAUGUCAAUUUGAAUAAUUGGUGGGCUAUGUUAGCCCUGAUCUUGGUCCUGGGCACCGCUGCUGGCAAUAUUUUGGUCUGCCUGGCUAUCGCCAGGGAAAGGCGGCUUCAAAACGUCACCAAUUACUUCCUGAUGAGCCUGGCGAUCACGGAUCUGUUGGUCGCUGUGCUCGUGAUGCCUCUUGGGAUUCUUACGUUGGUCAGAGGAUACUUCCCUCUGCCGUCAAUUUACUGCCUCGUGUGGAUCUGCCUGGACGUAUUAUUAUGUACGGCGAGCAUCAUGCACUUGUGCACCAUAAGCGUGGACCGGUACCUGAGUCUACGGUACCCGAUGAAAUUCGGCCGGAAUAAAACCAGGCGGCGGGUCAUGCUGAAAAUCAGCUUCGUCUGGUUACUGAGCAUCGCCAUGAGCCUGCCUCUCAGUCUUAUGUACUCGAAGGAAGACGACUCCGUGCUGGUGGACGGCGCGUGUCAAAUACCGGAUCCUCUGUACAAGUUGAUCGGCAGCAUAAUCUGCUUUUACAUACCACUGGGCGUGAUGUUGCUUACGUACGCUUUGACAGUCAAACUGUUGGCGAACCAGCAACAGAAUAUAGGAGGAAGUACAGGUUGGUCCUCCGGAUGGCUGGGUGGCCCGCAGGGCCCACCCUCGGGAGGUUUAGACAGACGAGGGACCUGGAAGCGAUUCCUGUUGAGUAAAAGCUCGGCCGGAAGCAGCGGUACGCCGCAGCACACUUCCGGUACAUCGACCGACACCGAGCUGACAACGCUGGACACCCACGAACUCUGGCUUCCGGAAAGCGAACCGCCGCCGUCGGCGAUGUUCGCGCUUCACGCCUUUGGCGCCGAAAUGCUCAAGUUAUCCAGAGGUUUGGAGGGCUUUGCCAGCCCCGGCAGCCCAACUCCUAUGGGAACGCCAAGGUCCACGCCUCAACACUCGCUCCAGCAGCAUCAGCAUCAGCAACAGCAACAGCAACAGCAACAAUUGCAUCGGUGCAGUUUUCGACACGGGAGCGGAGAAAGCGGAAGCAGCGCGUCCGAUUCUCGAACGAGCCUCUCGAUACCGGAAGACCUAAGCUCGCCCACCCCGUGGAAGCAUCGGCGACGCGCGUCCACCUUCAACGAGGCCCGUUUGGAACGAGCGGAAUCGGGUUCGCCGAGAACACCCAGGAAACGAUCUUUCAGUUUCCAUGAGCAGCCAGUGUUCGGCCGUGGUUCCGUUUCGCGGAAGAACUCGUCGAACGAGGAAGCCUCGAGCACGCAGAGGAAGUCGAGCGAUAAACAGGAAGGCGAAAUCGCGUUACCACCGCCGUGUACCUGCCCCUAUUUCGGCGAAUCGUCCAAGAGACCACCUCCGCAACCAUCCAGCGACGUCGUGAUCGUUUCCAGCGAUACCAUGAAGCCAAUCUCGGGGAAGAAUCUGGAGGCUACGUUUCUCGGUAGAAACAACAGCGGUAGAAUGGAGGCGAGCAGAAGCUACGAGCCAAAUUCUGUCGUUACGUGGAAGAGCGGCAAAAGAGGAUCUAGUUUAGGGAACACAAGAACGGCGCUAUUGACCACAAGAGGUGGUCCGAUCCGGCGUGCAGCGACCAUGCGUGCUCAUAACGGAGCAGCGAGCAUCAGCUCUAAGCAAAGCAGCAAUUCAUCCUCGCCGUGUCCGCACAGAUACUCAGGGCCAAUUCGUAGCCACCAUUCGAGAACCAGCAGCGUUGCUUCGCGAAAUAGCUCGCGACACGGAAGGAUCAUCAGACUGGAGCAAAAAGCCACGAAAGUUCUAGGCGUCGUUUUCUUCACGUUCGUGGUCCUCUGGGCGCCGUUCUUCGUCCUCAAUUUGAUACCAGCCGUGUGCCCCGACUGUGAAAGGCAGAUCAAUCACAACAUCUUCGAUUUGGCUACUUGGUUGGGCUACGCCAGUUCUAUGGUCAAUCCUAUCUUCUACACGAUCUUCAACAAAGUCUUCCGGCAGGCCUUCAAGAAAGUGUUGCUCUGCAGAUACAAAAACCAAAGCUGGAGGCCAUCCAGGUAGGCCUUUGGCCCCGGGAGACCGGGGAUCGCAGUCACCAGGGUUUAAAGUCGUUAAUAAACGUCGACUUCCGGUAGCAGCGGAAGCGGAAGAACCGUGGUUGACCGGCCGUGGUUUCUCAGCGAAUUACGAGCCACGGUGAAGCUUUGGUUGUUUCAUGAUCGCAGAUAAACUGAAGAAGAUUUUGUGAAAAUCUGGGUAAUAUAUAUAUGUGUGUUUGUGCGUGUGUAUUCGAAGCUCCUGUGAAAGUUUAGAGUGAAAAUGAAACGAGGAUUCCAUCGAAUUAAAACGAGUGGAAGAGUCGAAG